AUGCCCUUUACUUACUGUAAUACCAGUGGCUCUUGUAGUCCAACCUCGUCACAGUCGAACCUCAGCUUUGAAUCCGACCGAUCGUCUACCUCUUUUUCGGAGACACGGCCACCUACGUUGUCAACACCAUCGCUCGAUUUUUCGCCACUGCAACCCGAAUUGACGACAUUACGCUCUGAUUUCCUGACAGCACCGUCCGAGCGGCCAGGCCUGAAGCCCAGUCUCAAGUCCUCCGAAUAUAUCCGACCGGUCACUGACCGGAAACCGCCACCAGCUGUUAGAUUCGCCGAGCCAGAUCCAACGCUCAAAUCCAACACCAAGUCGAAGGAAAAGCGGAGGAGUGAUAAACCAUCGGAGUCUUUGUCCGGCAAAUCACAGGGUUCUAGCAAACCACCAAGUUUCAACAAAACAAAAAGUUCCAAAGCAACGACUCAAUACCACAAUGGCGUGCCUUUUGCGAGUCCGACUGCGAGGUUGUCGAAACAAAUCAACAGCUCUCAAUCGAAUUCGGCACCUGCACCACCAGAUUUCAGCCGCCCAAACUCCCUUCCAGCUUCCCAUACCAUUUCGAUUCAAGCCAUGAAGAAACGAAUCAGCUCCAGGUCACUUGCACAGGCAGAAACUCCGGAACUUGAUCCAAGAUGGGCAGGAAUUCCUCUGCCAGCGCAUUUCACACCACCAACCCUAGGGCCAAAGUCUCGCGUAACAUCUUACCAGUCGAUAACGUCGACCGCUUCGGGUCUUUCCACUCAAUCCGCGCCAGCCACUCUCGAGAAACCACCACCGCUUAAUGUUCCUUCUGGUCAAUAUAACCCCCUAGAGCAUUACAUACCCUGUAUGUAUCCUUCAUGCAAGGUGCACUAUACACCCGCCCAUCUAGGUCCUUCUUUCUACCUCCCCAGCGGCCCAUACUCCAUAUCACAUCUGCAUGCCCAUUGCCCCCGGCACGCCGUACGAGAGCUCAAAGAAGCCAACGCAACCCUCAAGCGCGCCUAUGAGGUACUACGCCAAAACGCCGGCCGUAAGACGCUCGGCACCGUAGCCGCCGAAUUCGAACAGCUGAAAGACGAAUUCCGCAAUGACCGCCGCAUCCGCAACGCCAAGGUCAUCCGCAUGCAGAAACGGCGGGUACUUGGCGUCCCAUCGAGUUCUUCUCCUUCUCCCACGGGCGAAGGUGACAGCAACGAGAAGAAAAACGACCAGUCUUCUUCUUCUUCUUCUUCUUCUUCUUCUUCUUCUUCUUCUUCUUCUUCUUCCCGCUCGAAAAAGGAAGUUUGGGAUUGGCGCUACACCCAACGCCCCUGCAUCAGCGCAACCUGCAAGGAGCACUACACGCCGUAUUCCAAUCACCUGUACACCUUUUACCGCACGCCGCAGCCCGGAACCUCGUUCUUCCCCAUGCAGACGUUCUGUCCCAAGUGUGCGAAGCAAGAGAUGGAUGAUUUUGCGCUGGACGUCAAGCAGAAGCACGGCAGUAGGUGUGGAUGGGAUCGAAGUGAGUGGCUCGAGUGGCUGAGCAGCAGAGUCCAGGAGAGGGAAAUGGAGCAGGACUACUGGGUGAGAGCUCAGGAGAAAGUGGUCAGGAAAAAGGGACCCGCGAGGUGGGUGCGCGGACUCGAAGAUGAUGUUCGGGUUGAGAUGGAGAGGCAGGAGCUGGUCAAGUUUGAGAGGACUAUGCAGAAGAGUGUGUUGAAGAGGUUUGUGGCGAGUAUGGUUGUUUGA